AUGGCCAGGUUCUUGGCCCGUACCUCAGUCUUGGAUGACUCCGUCAUGCGACUGGGCACGGCCCACCCCAUUCUGCGCAUCGGCUACUUCCAAAUGGGCUACAACGCGCUGCUGGACACGCCCGACUCAGGCACACGCAACUUCACGUUCAUCUGCGACAACGCUUUCCUCGGCAACGGCGCCAACAUCGGCCUGUCUGGCUUUGGCGAGCUUGCAGGCCCCGGUGCCGCUGGCGCCAACAGCGGCGCCUCCUACGGCGGUCCCGGCUCAGGCCCACAGCGCAGCGAGGUGACGUACGGCUCCACAAUGUGGCCAAGGUCGUAUGGCAGCGGCGCCAACGGCGUUGCACGCGGCGGCGGCGUCAUCAGCUUCCACGUUGCAGGCGAGCUGCUUCUCAACGGCGAACUUGUGGUGAAUGGCGACUCCGCGAGCACUGGCGCGGGCUCUGGCGGUUCCAUCCUGAUCGAGGCGGACGUGCUCAAGGGCCACGGCUCCAUGACCGCCAACGGCGGUCGGGUAACGGGCGCUGGUGCUUACGGUGGCUCUGGUGGGCGCAUCUCCGUGCAAACGCCCGACCAGUCCCAGUUUGCGGGUGAGUUCCGUGCUCUCGGUGGCGGCGGCUCAACGUCAGCCGCGACUGCUGGUGCGCCAGGCACGAUCUACAGGGCACAGCUGCUGUUUGGCAUUCCCACGACGUCCAUGGUCUUCCGCAACGGUGGUGUGCGGCCACAGCUGCCAACCUCGUUCAACGUGGGCAGCACUGCGUCGACAGCGGUGGAUGUGUUUGACCUGAUCGAAGCCGCAGAAGUUUCGUUUGAAUGCAGCACCACUGCCAAGAUCAUCCUGCGUCGUGUCACUGGUGAUGCAACUGCUCGCGCGUAUGUGCGUGAUGGCGUGUCUCUGUAUGUGGCUGCUUCGCGCGCCGCAUCGAGCCGCCCGCUCUCGCUUCCGAGCGCAUUUGUCGUUGAGCCCUCAGCUGAGCUGGUGCUUCCGCAGCGGGUGACGGUUCCGGACACCUCCGUGUCGCCGACCCUGGACCUGCAAGGUCUGCUCACAGGCGGUAAUCAGAUGGUUGUCAGCAACGGUGCCACAGUGCGCUUCCGCCGCACAAGUCACACGGCCACGGGCGAGGGCGCGGGCUCAUACACGUUCAUCGAUCCCCCGGGUCAGCUGUCAUUCCGGUACUUUGAGGUUGCACAGGAUGGCCAGGUUACCAUUGAAGGAGAUGCCGAGGACGGCGCCUACGACGGCGUGCAAGGCAGCGACGUGCCCUCGCAGCGGCACACGCGUGUGGCUGAUACGGCCAUGCACUUCUCCGCUGUUGACUUUUUGCUCACUGCAGGUGGGCAGAUGGAUGCGGGCCAUGUCAUCUUCACGUCAACCACGUUCACUGUUGGCUACGGCGCUGUGCUCUCCGCCACGGGCCUCGGCCAUGCCUUUGGCCAAGGCUUUGGCGGUGGGCUCAUGCUCGGAACUGGCGGCAGCUAUGGUGGCGCAUCUGGGCCCGUGUCCGGCACACAUGUCAACGAGCACGGCUGCGUGUACUGGGCGGACCGCUUCGGCUCUGGCGGCGGCAACACCAACGGCGGCCGCGGUGGCGGUUUCAUCCGCGUGGAAACGCAGGAUGCCAGCAUUGAUGGCAGAGUUGCUGUCGAUGGUGCCCAUGCUGGUGGUAGCAGCGGCUCUGGCAGUGGCGGCUCCUUCUACAUGCGUGUGUCGGACACGAUGCACGGUGUUGGUACCAUCUCCGUCGCUGGCGGCGACGCCACGUGCUCCACCUGUGGCAGCGCGGGCAGCGGUGGCCGCAUUGUGAUUGAGGUGGCAAAGACCAACCACUUCCAGGGCAGCCUGCUCACCCGAGGUGGCAGCGGGCGCCUCGGACACGGCGCAUCUGGCACGGCGUAUGUCACGUCGCAGCCCACCGGUUAUCCGUUCCGCCAGCUGUUCCUGGAGAACGCCAAGCGCGACACGGACCCCAACCGCGGUCCACAGUACGCGCUCUUCAAGUACAACCCCGAGCUGAAGAAGAUCGCCCCUGUUUCGCCACACCGACACGUGCGCAUUGACCAAGAGAACAACGUGGUGCCUCAGCCGGCGCUCAUCAUGGACACGACUGGCGACUUUAUCGACUUUGACGAGAUGACUGUGGACGGGUAUGCCAAGUUGUACUUCUACCACCCCGAUGAUCAAGAGCAUGUGACGAUUGUGGGCCACGAGGUGCGCGGUGAUCGCACUGGCAUCAUUCGCGUGCGGUCGAACCAGCGCUUCUUUGUGGAAGUGGUGGUGGCUGCAGAGAACGUGCACGAUGCGCCCGUGACGUACUACGUGGAUGAGGACGCGGAGCUGCUCAUGCCGCCCAACCUCAUCUUGCGCGGUGAGGACCUGAUCCUUGAAGGGCGCCUGACCAAUGUGGAGCACCUCUACGUUGAGAGCGGCGGCGAGUUUGUGUGUGACGGCCAGUGCCACACAGCCCUGUUGACCCUGGAGAAAUCCAACGACACAGUGGUGAUUCACGGCAUUGAGUACGAGGUGGUGGAGACGUCCAAGUCAUUCUACCCCGAAGACGCGUACCGCAGCCUGCAGGACCCGCACAGCAUGAAGUUCUCUACCGUAGAGGUCAAGAACACGGCGACGCUCAACAUCAAAGUGCCCAACGCGGAUGUGGAGGUGGCCGACUUUGACAUCCGAUUUGGCGGCCUCGUGCGCAGCAACACGCAGGUGCUCACGCUGAACAUUGGCGAGUCGUUCUUUGAGCACACGGGCCGCCUGGUUGCUGAUGGCAGCGGCUACGGCGCCAACACGGGCCCGGGUGCCAGCUCCGACACGGGUGACCGCGGCUGCGGUGGUGCGUAUGCCAACGUUGGCGGUCGCGGUGACUACUGCUCCAGCCUUGGUUCCGUGUAUGGCUCUGUGUUUAUGAACUCGGGCCGCAUGCCUGGAUCUGGCGGCGGCGGGUCCAACGCAGGCGCUGGUGGCGGCCUGAUCAACCUCCUGGUUGGCGGACGACUGCAAGUGGACGGGAUGAUUUCCUCCAGCGGCGGCAACGGCGGCAGCUACAGCGGUGGCGGUUCUGGUGGUGGCAUCUACGUCAAUACGGAGCGGCUGACUGGCCACGGCGUGAUCCAGGCCAACGGCGGAAACGGUGGCGCAUACUCCGGUGGCGGCUCUGGUGGCCGCGUGGUGGUGCACAUCACGGCGCACGAGUUCAGAUGGGAUGGCGCUGUGACGGCGUUUGGUGGACGGUGCGGCGGCGCGUCGACUGACAACGGCGGCUGCCACACUGACACGGAGCACGGCGGUGUUGGGUCCGUGUAUGUGCGCUCGCACCCUGACGACGGCGCAGCGUUCCACACGCUGAUUCUGGACAACCGCGGGCGCAACCGCAACACGUAUCCGUUCGUGCUGGAUGAAGGCCAGGUGACCUUUGACCACCUGCACAUGGUGAACAAUGCGCGCUUGCAGUUCAGCACCAAGACGACGCCCUCUGCCCCCGCGUUCUUCAAGUCUGUGACUGGUGACCUGACUGGGCUCUUGUAUGUGCAGUCUGGCCGCGAGGUGCACAUUGGCGGGCGCGAGCUUGAGGCGUCGUACCCAGCCGUGGACAUGACAGUUGAUACUGACGGCCAGCUGGAGGGUACGCUGCGGUUCUUCGUGCGAGACACGUUCAACGUGCAUGGCAUGCUCUCUGGCGUGCAGUCGCUCUACCUGCUGCCUGGCACCCGCAUGAACAUCAACGGCGGGCGCACGACGUGCUUGGAAGGCACGUGCUCGGCCGCGGAGCGGAGCUGGAUGGACAACAACUACAUGUUCAAGGACCUGGUUCUGUACAAGGGCGCUUCGAUUGUUGACUCAAACAGCAACGGCAACACCAAGUCGCUCGAACGCGUGAAGGACAUCACUGUCCUGCAUGCAGACAGGCUGCACAUGCAGUAUUCUUCCUCCGUGACGGCGUCCACGAUUGCCAUCUGGACACGUCAGGCCAAGGUUGACCAGCGAGCGAGCCUGUCCACAAACGCCCGUGGGUACACAGCGAAAACUGGUCCAACAACACCGACAGCACCGACUUACGGAGAAUACUGCGCCAGCAGCGUCGCUGGUUCAUAUGGCGGGCGCGGUGGACGCGGAAAGCACGGCAAUUCGUAUUGCGGUGUCGAGGCUGGUGAUCCUUAUGGCCACGCAUGUUACCCUUACCAUGCAGGAUACAGCGAGGGCGGCGGUGCGGUGCAAAUCAUUGCUUCCACGCGCCUUGAGUAUGAUGGAAGCGCCUCCUCAAACGGAGGCUCCGGCCAUAGCGGCAGCGGUGGCGGUGCUGGUGGAAGCGUCUGGUUGGAAGCAGACUACCUCGAGGGCCACGGCACCACACAGGCUCGCGGCGGCAAUGGCGGCUACCACAGCUGCUACCUUUGCACACCAACUUACGGCGGCGGUGGUGGCGGUGGACGAGUCUUCACCUCCGCGUUCCAUGAAGCAAACAUUGACAUCCAACAGGGCUAUUCUGUCGCUGGCAGCCCAACCUAUGACGACGGCGACGACGGCUCGCAAUGCGUGAAUACCGCCUGCAGCGGCCACGGUAGCCUUGUUGCCGGCCAAUGCCAAUGCAACGCAGGCUGGGCUGGUCUGACAUGCUCCUUUCAAGACUUUUGCGAGGCCAGCAACGGCGCCCUCAACGCUGCGGGCGAGUGCGUGUGCAAUGCCGGCUGGUCCGGCUACCGCUGCGAGUACCAGUGCGAUCGUGACUCGACAUGCAACGGCCACGGCGAGUGCAGCCCGCUGGGCCAGUGCGUGUGUGACCCGUGCUAUGGUGGCCAGUUUUGUGAACAGGAGUGCAGUGGCCAGGGCCAGUGCAUCGCUGACCUGUGCCGCUGCAACGCAUGCUUCCACGGCCAGUUCUGCGAGAUUGAGUGCAGCGAGCAUGGCACGUGCUCAAGCGGUGUUUGCGACUGCGACAGCGUGUGGUACGGUGAGCUGUGCGAGCUACCGGGCUGCCCCGGCCCCGACCGCAACUGCAACGGCAACGGCGCAUGCAACGCCUACCUGCACCAGUGCGUGUGUGCCGUCGGCUGGGCGGGCAUCGACUGCUCCAUCCCAGACUGUCCUGGCGAGCCCGACUGCCUCGGCCGCGGCACCUGCAGCCCAGACUUUGCCGACACGCCGCGCUGCAUCGACUGCGACGAGGGCUGGAUGGGCAUCGGCUGCAACGAGCCCUGCCUGCAUGGAACAGAGACGCCCAAAAACUCUGGCACCUGCGUCUGUGAGCCUGGCUGGGCCGGCGAGGGCUGCAACCGCGAGUGCUCCGGCCACGGCAAGAUCAACGCCACCACUGGCGAGUGCGUGUGCGACUUCCUCACGGGCUGGCGUGGGCCCCUGUGCGACAUCCCGGGCUGCCCUGGCUACGGCGUCGACUGCACGGGCAACGGCGAGUGCAAUAACGCAGACCACACGUGUACCUGCUACCCCGGCUGGCGCGGCGUCGGCUGCCACAUCCCAGACUGCCCCGGUGAGCCCGACUGCCAUGACAGAGGCACGUGCGACUCCACCAACUACGACAUUGUGCGCUGCGUGGACUGCGUGGGUCCCUGGAUGGGGUACGGCUGUGACGAGCCGUGCGUUGCCGGCACGGAAACCCCGCCAAACUCGGGCAUCUGCGUGUGCGAUCCCGGCUGGGCCGGCGUCGGGUGCGAUGCAGAGUGCAGUGACAACGGCAAGUACAACACCGACCUGAAGCUCUGCAUCUGCACCUACGAGAAAGGGUUUUGGGGUGACCUUUGUGACGUACCUGGCUGCCCAGGCAACGGCCCCUGUCUCCCAGGCAGUGAGGCAGAAGGCGUGUGCGGCUUGAGCGACGCCGAGCGCAUGCGUGUUGGCAAGUCCUGCUCGGGCAACGGCGAGUGUAACACCGCCGACGCCGUGUGUGAGUGCAACCCUGGCUGGCGCGGCCCCGGCUGCGAGACGCCAGACUGCCCUGGUGAGCCCGACUGCUUUGGUCGCGGCUACUGCAACUUCACGCUGCCCAAUCCCGUGUGCCAGAACUGCGAGCAGGGCUGGAUGGGCCCGGACUGCAACACGCCCUGCGUCCACGGCGUUCAAGACCCUCCCAACUCGGGCAUCUGCGUGUGCGACCCUGGCUGGACAGGCGAGAGCUGCAACCUCGAAUGCAACGGCCACGGCACCAUUGAUUCCGCCACCAAGACCUGCGUAUGCCACUACCUCUCCGGCUACUGGGGCGAGCGCUGUGACAUCCGCGGUUGCCCGGGCAAUGGGCCCUGCAUCGGAGGCGAGACGGCAGACGGCGUGUGUGGCCUGAGCGGCGUGGAGCGCAUGCGCAUUGGCCAGUCGUGCUCUGGCAACGGCGAGUGCAACGCCGCUGAAGCGAGGUGCGACUGUGAACCCGGCUGGACGGGACCCGGCUGUGAGACGCCAGACUGCCCCGGCUCACCAAACUGCUUUGGUCGCGGGUUCUGCAACUACACGCUGCCAACACCGUUGUGCCAGGACUGCCGUGGCCCCUGGAUGGGCCCUGCCUGCAACGACCCGUGCGUCCACGGCGUCCAAGAUCCCCCAAACUCGGGCAUCUGCGUGUGCGAGCCCGGCUGGGCAGGUCGUGGCUGCGACGCAGAGUGCUCCAACCACGGCCGCAUUGUCAACGGCAAGUGCCAGUGCACGUUUGAGCUCGGUUACAAGGGCUCCCUGUGCGAGGUGCCUGGCUGCCCCGGUCUGUACGGCUUGGAUUGCUCUGGACACGGCGAGUGCAACGCUGCCACCACGGAGUGCGUGUGCAGCCCGGGCUGGGCCGGUAUUGGCUGCCACAUCCCAGACUGCCCCGGCACGCCAGACUGCAACGGCCGCGGCUUCUGCAAUGCCACUGCCCCUGGACAGCCCACGUGCCAGUCUUGCGAGGACGGCUGGAUGGGCCCGGCCUGCGAGCAGCCCUGUGUGCACGGACACCAGGAGCCCAUGGACUCUGGCUACUGCAAGUGCGACCCUGGCUGGAGCGGCCGCGGGUGCGAUGCCAUGUGCUCUGGCCACGGCGUCAUCGUCGACGGCAAGUGCGACUGCUACACAACAGAGGUUGGCAACUCGUGGCGGGGCGAGCUGUGCGAUCGCCCCGGCUGCCCUGGCGAGAACGGCAACUGCAACGGCCACGGCGAAUGCAACGGCGCCACCGGAGAGUGUGUCUGCGACGGUGCAUGGCGCGGCAUCGCCUGUGAGGAGCCCGUGUGCCCCGGCAACCCGCCCUGUAACAACCAAGGCACUUGCGACCCGCUGACGCAGCAGUGCCAGUGCAACAGCAACUUCACGGGCCCAGAUUGCUCGCUGCCGUGCGUGCACGGCGCCUUUGCCAACCAGACGGCGGGCUGCGUGUGCGAGGACUGCUACACGGGCAUCAGUUGUGACACCGUGUGUGGUGACCACGGCGACUGUGUCAAUGGCGUGUGCCAGUGCGACUUUGACCUCGGCUACAGCGGGCCCGGCUGUGAGAUUCCCGGCUGCCCCGGCUCCAGCAGCACUGUGCAGGUCAUCAACGGCACGCGCACGGUCCUGCAGCGAGGCGUGCCGCUGGACUGCAGUGGCCACGGCGAGUGCAACGAAGCCCUGUUUGAGUGUACCUGUGAGCCCGGGUGGAAGGGCAUUGGCUGCGACACGCCAGACUGUCCCGAGGACUGUAAUGACCGUGGCACGUGUCGCCCAGUCGUAUUAGAGGAUGGCACUGUCGAUGUGCGCUGCACCGGCUGUGCGGUUGGCUGGAUGGGCGAGGCCUGCGAUGAGCCCUGCAUUCACGGCCGCCAGGAGCCCAUGGACUCGGGCAUUUGCGUGUGCGAGCCGUGCUAUCACGGCGACGGCUGCGAGCUGCUGUGCAACGACUACGGCACCUGCCCGAGCACCCAGCAGUGCCUAUGCCACGCUGGCUGGCUGGGCGAGGGCUGCGACCAGCCGGACUGCAUCGGUGACCCCGACUGCUAUGGGCGCGGCACGUGCGAGGGCCUUCCCCGCGAGCAGCCGCGCUGCAUAAACUGCGACGAUGGCUGGAUGGGCAUUGACUGCAACGAGCCCUGCAUCAACGGCACGGAGACACCCAAGAACUCCGGCGUCUGCGUCUGCGAUGAGUGCUUCUCCGGUGCUGGCUGCGACAUCAUGUGCUCUGGUCACGGCACGUGCAACAACGGCAUGUGCGAGUGCGAGCGACGAGCGGACGGCCUGUGGCUUGGCUGGUACGGCGAUGACUGCAGCGUGCGCGGCUGCCCCGGCAUGAACGGCGAGAGUUGCUCCGGGCAUGGCGACUGCAACGAGGUGACCCAGGUCUGCACCUGCGACGAUGGCUUCCGCGGCGAAGGCUGCGAGGAGCUCGACUGCCCCGAUGACUGCAAUGACCGCGGCGACUGUGUGUUUGAUGAGGUCCUUGGCGAGCCCGUUUGCCGCAACUGCACGCAAGGCUGGAUGGGCCCGGCCUGCGAGAUCCCCUGUGUGCACGGCCACCAGGAGCCCAUGGACUCUGGCAACUGCAAGUGCGACGACUGCUUUUCCGGCUUCAGCUGCGACCUGGAGUGCUCAAACCACGGCACGUGUGCUGAAGACGACGACGGCAACGCGUUCUGCGACUGCGGUGUGCCUGGCGUUGGCUGGUGGGGCCCCCUGUGCGAGGUGCGCGCGUGCCCGGGUGUGGGUUCGCCAUGCACCGAUCACGGGCUCUGCAACGUGGCCACGCAAGAGUGUGCCUGUGACGCCGGCUGGAUUGGCACGGGCUGCCACAUCCCAGACUGCCCUGGCGAGCCAGAUUGCUUUGGUCGCGGCGACUGCACCGGCCUGCAAGAUCCGCCAGUGUGCACCGGCUGUCACCACGGCUGGAUGGGUCCAGCCUGCGACAUCCCCUGCGUGAACGGCACGCAGAUCCCCAUGGACUCUGGCAUUUGCGUGUGCGAGCCCGCCGUCUGCUUUGACGGCCCUAACUGCGACCGCGAGUGCAGCGACCACGGCGUGUGCGUGAAUGGCGCAUGCGAGUGCGACGAGGCGUGGUGGGGGCCCAAGUGCAACAUCAAGGGCUGCCCCGGCACGGGCGAGAGCUGCACUGGCCACGGCGUGUGCAACUCGGAGGAACAGCUGUGCUUCUGCAACCCCGGCUGGCGCGGCCCUGGGUGCGACAUCCCAGACUGCCCUGGCACCCCAGACUGCAACGGCCGCGGCACGUGCUACGCCGGCGUUGACCCGCCCAUUUGCCUCAACUGUACCAAGGGCUGGAUGGGCCCGGCAUGCGAGCUGCCGUGCGAACACGGUAACCAGGUGCCGAUGAACAGCGGCAACUGCGAGUGCGACCCAUGCUACACCGGUGUUGCCUGCGACAUUGAGUGCGGCGGCCUCGGCACGUGCGGGUGCAAACCCGGCUUUACCGGGACAUACUGCAACGACUUUGACUGUCCCAACGGCUGCUCUGGCCACGGCGAGUGCGUGUGGCCGGACGGGGACGCGCUGCCCUCCUGCGACUGUGACACGGGCUUUGGCGGCGAGGACUGUGCCCAGUACGUGUGCCCCGGCGAACCCAUGUGCUCUGGGCAGGGAGAGUGUGUCCUCUACUUCGAUAGCGUGGUUCCGGAAUGCGAGUGCUUCAACGAGAAGAUCCUUGGCUCACGCUGCAACCAGUGCAUCCAGGACUGGGCCGGCCCCAACUGCACGGUGUGGGAUGGGCCUCUGCCGCUUGGUUGCAACCUCACGCAGCUGGCAACAGCGACGUACCAGAUCAGCGGCAAGCAGUUCCUGGAAGUGCACGGUGUCAACGUGACCCUUGACGAAGCAAGUCGCACGUACGUUGACACCGCUGACCAGCCUGUCAACACCACGUUGCUCUGCACACCUGUUCCCGGCAUGGACAGUGCCAACACCACGAGCAGCGGCAGCAACAAUGGCACCUCGACGCUGAUGGACGGCAGCAGCGGCAACAACAACAGCAACAGCACGGCGCCCAACCGGCGGCGUCGCGCUGUGAUUGGGCGCGGCCACGCCUCGCAGGAGGCCGUGGCUGAGCGAAGCCGGCGCAGCUUUGUGUCGCCGGACCCAGCGCUCGGCAUUUCCCUGGACAACCUCCAGUGCCACUGUAAGCCCGGGCGCAAGGGCGAGUAUUGCGAGUUUAUCGACUGCCCUGGGGAGCCGGACUGCAACAGCCGUGGGCUGUGCCUGGUGAAGGGCAACAACACGUUCUGUCUGUGCAACGACGGAUUUGAGGGCGACGCGUGCGAGCGUUUGGUGUGCCCCGGCAUCCCUGCCUGCUACGGCCGCGGCCAGUGUGUCGUGCCGCCCGGAAAGGACGUGCCCGAGUGCGUGUGCGACAACAGCUUUGACGGCGACGCGUGCGAGCGCUGCGCCGACCGCUACACGGGCCUGGGCUGCGAGCGCUGCGAGGACAACUACAUUGGCUGGUCAACGAGGGGCUGCAGCGUGUACUGCGUGAACGGCCGCGGCGUUGGCGAGGAUGAGGACAUCUGUCAGUGCUACGAUGAUGAUGACAACGGACACUGGACAGGUGCCAGCUGCACCUACUGCCAGGAAGGAUGGGAGUACCCUGCCUGCACGCGCUGUCACGAGGACUACGGCGCCGAGGGCUGCGGCCUUCGCUGCAAGGCCGGGCACGGUGACGUCGUUGACCGCUCCGAGGUGGUGGCUGAGGACACCGGGUCUGGGUCGCAGGAUGACAGUGCUUCGGGCGACGUAUCGCUGUUGGCCUCGGAUGCGCGCCCGCUUGUUCCCAAGCUGGAGUGCGUCUCUCAGACGGACAACGGCGUUUAUGAGGUGUGGCUCGGCUACGAGAACUUCAACUCGGUUCCCCUCAAUGUCCCCAUCGGGCCGGACAACAAGUUUAUUGUGACGCCCGCGGCAACAGACCUGCCACCCUUCUUUGCUGAGGAGGGCACAUCAACCGCAGCGUCCACGGCAACGCGCACCAACGAAAACCUGGGCCAGCCAACCCGCUUCCGCUCCGGCCGCGUGCACUACGUGUUCAAGAUUGUGCUGGCCACGGCAACCGACAGCUUGACGUGGGUCCUGACCAACACCAAGGCCAACUUCCACGACAAGUACCUGAUCCUCCGCGUGGCAGAUGCACCGGCGUGCACGGGCACCAUUCCCGGCGACGGCGACGGCGACGGCGACGGCGGCUCUGACACCGGUGGCAGCACCACGACGCAACCAGACACUGUUGCGCCGACGCCCGCAAACGGCCUCGACGAGCCCGUGUGCCGCUGCCGCCACGGCUACUGGGGCGACACGUGCGACUUUGAGUGCCCGGGCGGCGGCAGCAACCCGUGCAACGGCCACGGCACCUGCAGCGCGACCACGGGCGAGUGCCAGUGUGAGCUGCGGUGGAGUGGCAUUGACUACCAAGAGUACCGCCCGCGCCGCGACCUGGACAGUGACGAGGACAACGAGAGCAGCAGCGCCGACAGCGACGCAUUAUCGACACAAGCAGCGCGCAGGCGCGUGCGCCGUGAGUUUGACUACACGUAUCCCAACCACCACGUACCAGAGCAGCAUCCGUCGACCAAGGCACCGUAUCGCACCAGCUGCUCGCGGUGUGCAGACGGCUGGAUUGGCUAUGAUUGCUCCGUGGCUUCGACCGAGCUGACGCCCGGGCGAGAGCCCUACCUUGCUGUGGAUGGCUUUGGCCACUUUGUGAGCAUGGACGGCGCUGCGUUCAACUACUACGCCUCUGGCGAGCUGCUUGUGUUUGACUCUGAGCAGCCCGAGCUGAAGCUGCACGUGCGACAGACGACGUGCCGCGGUGGAAAGGCGUUCUGCGUGACGGCGGUUGCCGUGACUGUGGGCUCGACGGUGUUUGUGCUUCGCGCGCCGUACGAGGACGGCCAGGCGGUGCUGAUGUGGUCUGGCGGCAGGCCGGUCGAGGUUGGCCUGGGAGGCCAGGUUGUUGAUUUCACCAUUGCCGAAGACUACGUGCUGCGUCGCUCCGGGGCGCACGCGUACACAAUUGUCAGCGAGGACAAGCAGAUUCGCAUUGUCGUGCGCGUGUUUGGACGCGCCCUCAGCGCGCGCAUGUACGCACCCGUGGGCAUCUGUAACUUUGCUGGCGGCAUGCUCGGUCACUGCGACGACACGCCCACCAAUGACUUUGUGUUCAACGCCGACGGUGAGUUCCUCGCGGACGUUGGCCAGGGCACCAUUGUCUCCACCAACCUGACGCAGACCAACAUCCACGAGCUGGUUGGGCCCUUCUGGGCGGUGACCCGCGCCAACUCGCCCUUUGGCGUGGUGUACGGGUACGCCGGCUACAACGAGCGGCGCGAGGAUUCCGUGGCAGGGUUUGCGCUGCACUUCAACGACACGGGUUGCUCCAGCAAGCCGCUGUACACGUUCUCCGACGCCGCCAUCACGCUCGAGUUUCUCGUGUUUGCCGAGGCGCACGGGGGCACGCUGCUGUCCUUUGCCACAAGCCACACGUUCGCCGUGGUGAACCGGCUGGUGUGCCUGGACAGCGUCACGCCGUGCCCGCCCGAGUUUGUCUCGGGGCAGCUCGUCAUCAUCUGGAAUGGCCGCCUGGAACCAGAUUUCGCUGGUGUGGCGCCCGUCCUCAACGGCCUCAACAACCUGCUGGAGCUGCACUACUUUGUGUCGCACCCCACCAUCGGCUCGGACGGCCUGCCACAGCCCAAAUCGUUUACGUUUGUGCUGGCCGGCAACCCGUUCCGCCCCGGUGGGACGCUGACGCUGGGCCAGUUUGGCCUCUCCACCAUUGGCGGCGACUCUGCGCCGGCAUCUGUCUUUGUCGGCUCCAUUGACGAGCUGCGCAUCUGGAACAAGCGCCUGACCGCGCGCGAGAUCUCCCGCACCUGGGGCACCAGUGUGCAGCCAGACGCCAGCGGGCUCGCCUCCCUGUGGAAGUUUAACGAGGGCCAGGGCGAGAGCGUGCGCGACAGCGCGUCCAGCAUUGACUGCGCGUCGGCGGAGUUUGACGCCCCUUGCCUCUACCUGCCACCGCGCAGCGUGUACCGCGCACCGACCUGGCGCUUCUCGGACGCCAACAUUGCCAUUGACAGCAUGUCGACGGGCAUUGACGCGCUGUACAAGACGUCGUGGACGAGCGUCACGCUUCGUAUCGAGGCCCAGCGCCGGUGUCAGGCCGCCUUCAACGCCACCUCCGCCUUUGGGGUCACGUGCCGCCAGCUGGGGCCGGCCAUCCGCCAGUACUUUGAGGACUCGUGCACGGCCGACAUUUCGCGAGGCGAGGCCCUGGCGCUCGGCAUUGUGCCCAUCGUUGGCUUUGCGGACAUGUGCCAGGCGUCCUUGGACGUCGUCACGACGUGGCCCGGCGCCUCGUACUGCCAGUCUUUCCCGCAGGGCGUGAUCCGCUUCCCAGACUUCUUCGGUGCUGCCUGCAGCCAGACGUGCUUCUUCGGCACCUUUGACGCGGCCUCCAGCUCUCCAAGCUGCGCGUGCCUUUCAGGCUAUUGGGGCGACUCGUGUGCGGGUGUGUGUCCGGGCGGUGCGGUGCACCCCUGCUCCGACCACGGGACGUGCCGGGUCACCUCGGGCACCUGCUUGUGCGAGCCCGACUGGCAGGGCGACGACCAGUGCUCCUCGUGCACGGCUGGCAAGUCUGGCGCAGACUGCUCCGUGUCUGACGUAGACCUGCCUGUGGUGCAGCUGCCGCUGUGGUCCAUCUUUGGCGAGGGUUACUUCACCAACCUGAUUGGCCGCUCCUUCACGUUUGAUCUGCAGGGCACGUUCCUCAUGAGCGCGUCCCCCACUGAGGCGUUUGAGGUGUACGCGCGCCAGGUCAAGUGCCUGUACUCCUCGGCCUCGUGCACGAACCAAGUGCGCAUUGUGAUUGAGGACGACGUGACCGUUGUAUUGGACGCGGACUUUGAGACGGCGGCCGUUGCGCUGCGCGUGGGCGGCUCCCUGCUCGACCUGAGUGGCUCGCUCCAGCUCGGGUACGGGUACAAGCUUGUUCGCGAGUCGCAGCGCUCGUACGUCGUCACCGGCCCAGACUUCCUCAAGGUCACGGUGACGCUCUCCGGCAAGUUCUUCAACGUUGACGGGCGUGUGUCCCGCGACUACUGCAGCGCGUCGCUCGGCAUCAUGGGCACGUGCACGGACGGCGGCAUUGUGCGGCGCAAGCUGCAGCCGUACGACGGUGCGUAUGAGACGUGCCGCGUGUCCGGUGCGAGCCACUGGCGCACGAUUGGCGACGCCGUGUUUUCGGAGCCGCGCAGCUGUGACUACGUCAUGCUGCGCACGCAGAACCAGACCAUGAGCGUCACGGCCAACGACACUGCUUCCUCGGAUGCGUUUGCCGUCUACGUGAAGCACGUGGCGUGCGGGGCAACGCAGUGCGUCGGCGGCCUGGCCAUUGAGGUCCCCGGCAUCCCCACCAUCGUGCUUGCAUCCGACACGAGCGUGCGCGUUGGCCGCAGCGCCGUGUCCUCCUUCCCCGCCGAGCUCAUCAACAACCACGAAAUCGUGCGCGAGGGCGCGACGGUCCUGGCCAAACUUCAUGCCAGCAAGGUGUUGGUGGCAUGGGACGGCUACGAGGCCGUGGUGAAGGUGGCGGAGGAUGUGUACGCUGGGGCCGUUGAGGGCGUGUGUGGCGGCUUCCCUGGGGUCGACCCUUUUACCAAGAGCGACGGCACCGUGGCAGGAACACAGGCGGGCUUCUUCAGCAGCUGGCAGACUGCUGACGCCAGCGACGCGCUGGGCACCAACCCAGCCUGCACCGAGCCCACGCGGCCCACACCGCCGGAUGCCGGGGAGGCGUGCGCCAGCAUCCCUGGUGCGGACGAGACGCUUGCACAGGAAGCAUGCUCGCAGCUGCUACCUGGAAGCGGCUUCUUCGAGUCGUGCCGCAGCAGCAGCGGCAGCAGUUCUACGCUGGACUUUGGCGCCCUCUUUGAUGCGUGCAUUGAUGAGGUGUGCCAGACAGCUGAGGAAACAAGCGAGAGCACGUACAAGCAGGCUGGGUGCACGUUUGUGCAGACGGUGAGCGAGCUGUGCAUCGCCGAGGGCCACACGCGCGACGCCGCUGUGGUGGAUCGCUGUGGCGUGUGCGACGGUGACGGUUCCACGUGCGCGGCAGAUGCGACCUGCACCGUGCGCGACGGCAUGCUCAUUGAAACCUUUGAUGAGCACGUGUGGCAGUUCCCCGGCAUGUGCACCUACGUCGUCGCCAAGGACUGCGAGUCCGACGCGUUUGAGGUGCAGGCGACGCUUGCGGCCUGUGGUGACGGCUCUCAGCGGUGUGUCGUUGGCGUUGCGGUACAAGUCUUUGACUAUGACACCGUCUCAUUCUACGUGAACGACGGCGUGUGGGAAGCUUUCGUUGGCACGGAGCCAUUCGAAGGUAUUCGGUUUGCGCUGGGCGGCAGCAGUGUGGUGUCACGUCUGUCGUCUGGCUUUGAGGUGGCUGUCCCAGACCUCACCCUGACGGUCACCUGGUCCGUUGUGACAGGCAAGAUCGCCGUUCAAGGAAGUGCUGCGUUCCUGGGCAAGCGCAUGUGCGGUCUCUGCGGCAACUUCAACGGCGUUGCCAGCGACGACACAAUUGUUGGGUUGAUGGAGGACAAUUCCCCGUACCUUUACGGGUCUCAACAAGUUGUUGGCUUCACGAGCCACCUGCUCAAGUUUGCCAACCGCACGUGCUCAGACGAAGAGGAGCCGCCUGCUGCUUGCAACUCGGAUGCUUGCCUUGCGCUCAGAGAUCGGUACGGUGCAUUCGCUGCCUGCCAGGCUGUCGUUGAUCCACAGCCGUACAUUGACGCGUGUGAAUCUGCCCCAUGCGAAAAUGCCCAUGCAUCAAUCUGUGCUACACGCGACGCAUAUGCCAACGCCUGCUUGGAGGCCGGGGCACCUAUCACGCUUGAGCCGAGCGCUACCGAUGUGUGCACGCCCUGCAGCAGCGAGCUGCCCUGUGCUGGGGAGGUUACAUGUGACUAUGCAUUCCGGGGCAUCUUCAAGUCUUUCUACCAGGAUGUCAGUGUUCCCAUGUAUCCGUCGUGCACGUAUCACCUUCUCUCGAUGUGCGGUGGCGAUAGCAGCGGCACCGUUCCUCUUGGAAUUGUCGCCAACUUUUCGAGCGCCGACAACAGCGUGGAGUCCAUCACCAUUUCCGCCGGCGAGGACAAGCUGUCGCUGUUUGUCAGCAGUGCAUCAGACGUCCCCGUCGCCACCUUCAACUCUGAACCACAGCGGCUUGCUGCUGGUCAUGUGUUCGGGUCACACAUGCACAUCGCAGGUAUCAGCGAUGAAGGUGUUGUCACAGCCGCCAUCCCAGAUGCGGGUGUGCGUAUUGUGUUCAGCAGCACGAACGUUCAAAUCAUUGCUCCCGAGCAAGGCAUCGGCCAUCAGGAUCAGGCAUGUGGCCUCUGUGCUUUGCCAAACACCCAGGCACCAGCACCUGAAGAUGUGCAGAAGCACGCAGUCACCGACGCGGUUUGCCCCACGUCUGUGACUGUGACAGAGCAGCAGCCGUGUGCAGCGGCUACAGCAGAGACACUUGCUGCUGCAAUGGAGUUUUGCUCAGCGCUCUCUAGCAAUGCAAGUAAACUGGCCUUUGAGGCCACGUGCCCCACGCUGGCUGCGCGCAUGGACGAUCUUGUACGUACAUGCAUCGAAUCCUUCUGCAGCGCAUCAGAGGCUGCGGCGUGCGACGCCAUUGCCCGAGCAGAGAAGGAGUGUGGUCUGCGACUGCCCACAGCCACCCGCGAUGUGUGUGGGGUAUGUGGUGGUGACAGCUCGUCAUGCAUCCUGCCAUACGUGAGCGCCUUCCGCGGCUCUUUCUGCAGUCUUGAUGGCAGGCUUGGCUUGCUUACCGAAUUUGACGCUACAACCACAGUCUUUGAGAAGAAAUGCGCGUAUGAGGUGCUGACCUUGUCUUCUUCUUCUUCUUCAGCGAGUUCUGCUACCGUUGGCAUCGAAGAUUCUCGCGCGCAUGUGCUGUCCAUCCAGACGCAAAACGGCGGGGCCGACCUGGCCAUUGCUGUCUCCGUACCAGCUGACAAUGGUGCGAACGACAUCAACACCAGUCGGAGCAAUGCGACGACGACAAUCACAGUUGAGGUCAGAGACGGCGGCAGUACUGUUCUUGUUGAUGGCUCUGAUGUGACUCUGCCCGCCAUGCUGGGCAGUAGCGACAUUGGGCUCGUGAGUUCAACGGGUGCCGUAACGCUGUUUGGUGGCCUGGUCAAGGUGAGCCUCACCUCAUCGCAAACGGGGUGGUCCAUUGCCGUGCAUGCCUCACUUCUGCCUGGCGCUGGAGCUGGCGCAGAUAUCACAUCCGCGAUGACAGACGUGCGUGUCAGCGGCGGCGUUUGCGCUGGUGGCAGCGUUGGGUCACUCCAGCGCCUUGGCGACGACGUUCUGUUUGUAUCACCGACGUGCAACGCGCCGGAGCCAGAGGACGCUGUGUGCGACAGCGCAGGUGCAAGCGAGCGUGUGCAGAGCAUGUGCAGCAUUGUGCUUGGAAGCGACUAUGCUCCGUGUAGAGAAGCAAUCAACCUCACCGCCGUGUACGAGGGAUGUGUUCGCGCCCUCUGCUCUCUACCGAGCUCGACGGCCGAUGCGGAGAUGACGAAUGAGCGCUGCAGCCGGCUAGCAGCCCUUGAGCAGCAUUGCUUUGCCAACAAUGUACAGGGCAUCGUCUCAAGUUUCGAUGUGUGUGGCGUGUGUGACGGAGAUGGCUCAACGUGCAACCUCGCCAAUGGCUGUAUGGCCUUGGACACCUCCGUGAUCACGUUCUCACCCGAUCCCCGCUACACGACAAGCUCCAGCGUUCUCAUGACGUUGGGCGACGUCAGCAACGAAACAACAUGCAGCGUGUUGCUUCUGGAGACGGAGCACUUGCAGGUAAUGCGCAACGUGCACACCGGCGCUGUGACCAUCACCGUAAAUGACACAACAGCUGUUGCGUCUGGCUCACAGCAAGAGGGUGUCGUCCAAUCCCUGCUGAUUGAUCCGCGGCAGUCUGGCCGUGUGCUGCUAGGUAAAGAUCGCAUUCUGACGGGCUUCCCAUACUACCUGCCGUCCCUCUUGCUCACGCACGACGGUUCGGAGAUGACUGUGCACAUGUACAACGGCACAGCAGUGGCGAGCGGCACGACAACACCGCAGCCGCUGCUGGUUCAGGUUCGCGUCACAGACGGAGCUGAUUCCAGAACGCACGUGCAAGUUGGAAGCAAUAUCAUCACCGCUGCCUCCAUCAGCGGGGAAACGAGGAGUGCGUGCCUCGCGUCUGUGUCUGAGACACCGAGCAACGUCCUUGCAGCCGCGUCAGCAUCAACCUGCAACGUUCAACCCAACGACAACGGCACAGUUGUGGAUCCUCCGACAGCGACUGAUGAUGGGCUGUGCGAUCUCGCAAAGACACUGUGCGCCGACCUCAACGAUGAGCAGCCAACGGCUCAGUACGAGCAGUGCCGCUCCGUGGAGCCCACCAAAACCUCAGCGGCAAUUGCCCGCCAGGAAGCGUGCCACUUGCUCGGCAUGUACGAGCGCGCGUGCGCCACGCGUACCGGUGGGCUGCUUGAGAUUGACUCCGUUCGGGAUGUGUGCGGCAUCUGCUACGGUGAUGGCACAUCAUGUGCGCAGACUAGCGAACAGUGCAGCCUCUCUGGCGUGAAUUCUGUGGUGACGCUCGACGAUGCUGCACUGGGUACCGUGCCAACUGAGUGUGAGGUGCUGCUGCUUGCAGACAAAGUUGAUGCGCAAAGCCUGUUGGUGACGCUUUCACGCCAGACGACUGACACGUUUGCAGUCGGCGUUUCUCGCCACAAUAGCUGGCAGCUAACCAUCGCCAGCAGCGGAUCGCUUCAGGUGCAGCACAGUGGCGAUGCGGGUACAGUGGCAUAUGAUGCGGGUGCUGGUGUAUCUUUGCUCUUCCCCUCGGACGACACGCGUGUCUCGCAGCUGUCCAGCAGCGCAACUGUCACCGUCGCCAUCCCGGCAUACGGCAUUGCCAUCACGGUGUCGCCCGUCUCAGUCAAGCUGGCCAUUCAGGCAGACCGGGUUCCCGCAAUGUUUGGCUGGUGCACGUCAUUCUCUCGCGUUCCAAACGGUGUAGCAAGCGUUAUAAAUGACGCGAAAACACUGGCCAUAUCUGCAGAAACAGCCAUGUUUGCACCAAAGGUGUGCGUCCCGCCACCCAAGGACACUACCACUGCUGCAAGCGGGCCGUGUGCAGAUGCAAGCGGAGACGUCCAGGCACAAGCAACGGAGUACUGUAACGUGCUUGCCCGUGCCAACAGCGAACUAUCGCCCUGCUUCUCCGUCCACGACCCAUCUGCAUACCUCGAGGCGUGCUUGGCCUCGUACUGUUCUGCUUCCACCCAGAAACUUGCGAUGCAAGGCAGUUGCACCGCCAUCUCUGACUACCAGCGCACGUGCAAGCGGUCGCUUGUCGUCAUUGAGGAUGUCGUUGACAUCUGCGGUGUCUGUUUCGGAAACGGCUCGGCAUGCGCAGAUGAGUGGACCAAAUGCACGCUGCGUGGAGCAUCUGCCGUACGUCCCUUUGAGACGAACAGCACGUUUACAUUUGCGGGCACGUCGGCGUACACGGUUUUGGAGGAUUGUCGAUUGUCUUCCCUCUCUGUUACGCUCGAGCGCUGCUCGUACACGCAAAGCGGGACUUCUGUCGUGGUUGAGCUUGACCGGCCACAAAACGCCACCACAGAGGUCAUUCGCUUGCUUCCCAGCGUUGUGCACGUGACUGCAGAGCAAGACGGUAUGCGCUCUGACUUCACCCUGGCGACGCUCUUGGGUAUCCGCCGCAGAAAGUUUUGGCCCGUGUUUGGUGCUGGCGGCAUCUUACUCAACGGCGUCAGGCAGAGGGCGCGCACACGCGUCUCCACCGGCGACGAGCUGCAGUUUGUCUUUGGUCUGGCCACGGUUGAUGGCGGGUACGUGUUUGAGUUCCCCUUCACGACAAACAGCGGCACCGUGCUUGAGACAGCGGCCGCGGGUUUGACUGUGCGUACGCCUCAGCUUGUGCUUGCGUUUGACGGCGAGGACGUCGUCACCACGCAGGUGCGGAAGCGGUUGCUGGCACGUGGCUGCGGGCUCUGCAUGGGCGCAGCGCACUUGAGUGACAGCGUGGCUGCCGCGUGGGCGUUUGGUAUCCAGUGGGCCAAACCAGAACAGUGUGGCACUGGUGCCAACGGUACCGUUGUUGUUGAUCCAAACACCCCACCCCGCAACCCUUGCGAGCAAUCUGAAGAGCUUCUGCAAGUGGCACAGGACUACUGCCACGUGCUGCGCGAUACCGCUGGCCCGUACGCAACAUGUCUUGCCGCUGGCGUCGGCAGAACCAGCAGGCUGUUUGAGCAAUGCGUGUACGACUUUUGCAUCACCCUUGCAGCUGAGGCGGAGUCUGCCACGGACACCACGAGCAUUUCAACCGACACGUCCGCCAUAAUCGAUCUCAGCUUAACCUUGUUGAUUGGAACACCGGCUGCCAAGGCCGCAUGCACAGACAUUGUUGCGCUGGAGGACCUGUGCAUUGAGUCUGGCUUCACUGCCAUCGAGACGGUGCUGGAUGAGUGCGGCGUGUGCUUCGGUGACGGCUCCACAUGCGCCUCCUCCAACCUCCAGUGCGCCGUGCUCGGCUCCCACGUGGCCACCGUCUCCAACGACCUGCAGACGUUCCACGGCCAGUGCUCGUACGUGCUGGCCGAGGACUGCGCCCACGGCUCGUUUGCCAUCCACGGCUACAAGCCCGAGGGCUCGGACGCGUUUACGCGCCUGCUUGUGCGCAUUGGCGAGCAGGCGCUGGAGCUGGACGGCCCGCGCGUGUUCCUCGACGGCAUUGAGGUCACCGAGGUGCCGAGCGUGCUGGAUGGCGGCAUUGUCGUGCGCAGCGACGGCUUCGACCUCAUUGUCACCGCCCAGCGCGAGGGCUUGGUUGUUUCGUGGAACCCGUUCUCGGGCCAGACCGCCAUCAGCGCGCACGUGCGUCUCUCCAGCGUCCUGUGCGGCCUGUGCAACACCGCCCUGGACGACGUCAGCACGUACGGCAGCAACGUGCCCGGGUGCGCCGUCAACGGUACGUGUACCUUCGAGCAGGCCGGCCUUACCUGGCACUCGCCCGAGACCGACGCGCUCUUCCUUGGCCCUUCCGGCGCCAUGUGCUCGCCGCGUGUGUUGGAGCGCGACAGUCCCUGUCUCAACAACGCCACGCUACAGGCGCUGGCCGAGGACUACUGCGCCGCACUUGCCAGCGACGUCGGCCCGUAUGCUGCCUGCCACGCCUGGGCCAGCCCGUCCGCGUACGUUGAUGCGUGCAUCAGCGACUACUGCACCGGCGGCGCCGAGAAGGCGUGCGGCGUGUACGCUGCCUACGAGGAUCGCUGCCUCAAGAGCAGCCCAGACCCCGUGGAGGCAAGCAGCGUCAUUGACCGCUGUGGCUUGUGCUUUGGCAACGGCGAGUCGUGCCUGGAGACGUACAGCGUGUCCACCGUGUUUGGUGACCCCCACUACGUGACCCUGGACAAAACCGUGUUUAGCUUCUCCGGCACGUGUGACUACGUGUUUGCCAAGGACUGCCUGUACAACGAGUUUGAGAUCCACGUGCGCAACCGCAACGUGACCAACGCCGGCAUUUCCACUUUUGGCGUUGGCAUCACGUCACACGGAUCACCGGUCGUGGAGCUGCAGUUCACUGGUGAUGUGCUUGUGGACGGCCAGCUGCAGACCAAGCUUCCGCUGCUGCUCAGGGGCGGCACCACCGUGUCCCGCACCCUGCAGGGCACCCUGGUUGUGACCAUGGGCAACGGUGUUGAGAUUGAGUACACUGAGGACGCUAUCCUCUCCGUGUGGGUCCCGGACCGCUUCUCCGACCGCGUCUGUGGUCUUGUCGGCAAGUACGACAACGUCACCUCCAACGACCUCGUCACCAGCGCCGGUGUGCUCACCACAAACGCGUACAAGUUUGGGCUGAGCUGGGCCGUGGUCAACGUCACGUCCGCGCCGUCGACGCUGUUUGCUUCGAGGGAGGGCGUGUGCUACCAUGAGCCCGUGCCGCCAACGCCCGUUGACCCAUGCGCUGACGCAGAUGCGCAGGUCAUCGAGGAAGGCCGCCGCCGCUGCACCAUCAUUGUGGACACAGACGGCCCAUUUGCUUCCUGCCACCGAGUGCUCAGCCCUGAGCCGUUUUAUGAGGCAUGUCUUGCUGACAUGUGCUACCCACUGCACGCCACGUCGGCGAUUCGCCAGUACGACAUGCUCUGCAAAGACCGCGGGUGGGCGCCGCAGCCGCCCAUCAUUGACCGCUGCGGGGUUGCGUUUGGCGAUGGCUCCUCCUGCGCGCAAGAACUCGCAACCUGCUCUGCAUUUGGCGGCGUUCACUUCACCACAUUCGAUUUGAGUGCGUACGACUUCGCGGGAACGUGCUCGUACGUUCUAGCAAAGGAUUGCGAGGAAAGCUCAUUUGAGGUGCAAAUCAUUCCACACCCGACUGCCGGAACCUUUGCCGUUGGCGUGCGCACGCUGGGUCAGCAUCACAUCGAGGUCCACAGCGGCACACUGAUGGUCAACGGGAGAGUGACUAGUACCGCACUCCUGCCCAUGCUGCUUGCUAGGGACAGCACACAAAUCUCGCACGAGCUUGACGGAACCCUGAGCAUUGAGCUUCACAGUGGCAUUGAGAUUCGCAUCUCCAACGCGCUCUCCAGGAUCACAGUCUCUGCCACAAGCUCAUUCAAGGGCCGCAUGUGCGGCCUAUGCGGCGAUUUUACUGGCUCUGCGAUCGACGACUUCAAGACGGCGGAUGGAUAUGUAUACACUAGUAUCAACACGGCAAGAACGUACGUGUUUGCCAACAGCUGGCAGGUUCCUGAAGGCACCGCGCUCAUUGAUUCUCAUAACAGCGAAUGCAUUGGCCCCGUACAGCCUCCACCAAACCCGUGCAACCUCGAUUCGUCUGCCUUGACAGAAGCAAAGCGCCUGUGUGUCCUCAGCCCAGGCGCAGUCGCUGAUUCGGCCACAUGCUCUGACUCACUCGUCUCAUCUCUGUACGACGCCUGCUUGCGUGACGCGUGCCAAGCCCUCACGUCCGGCCGCGCGUAUUCACAGUGCGAGGGCGCAGCGUCAUUCUUGGAGUACUGUGACGCAAACAACGAGUAUGUGCGUUUCCUGGCAUGGGACCGCUGUGGCGUGUGUGGCGGCGACGGCACUUCGUGCGCAGAGCAGUUCCCGACUUGCACCGUGCUCUCCAGCGGGCAAGUCCUGUCCGUGCCAGGCGCGAUUGUGAAACCGCUUGCCGAAUGUGACUUUGUGCUGGCUAAGGACCCACAUGGCGUCUUUGAGGUGCACGCCCGGUUUGUGUGUGUGCCGCUUCACGGCACAGGGCUCGGCGCUACCUCCAACAUCCACGUUGCGGUGUCGCCGCUCUUCAACAACGCAACCGGCGGCCUGUGCGCCCUGUACAACGGCAUCGCUGCAGACGACAGCGCCACCGUCGACUACGACCGCGUGUCGCGCGCGUCCUCGCUGCUGUGGUACGACGCGCCCAACACGUGGGAGACGUACAACAAGCGCCCGGACGGCUACCAGCCCUCGGACGAGUGCCAGUCUGCGGAGCUUGAGGCGCAGGCAGUGACGGUGUGUGCCGCUGCCGGCGACAUGGCGCAGGAGUGCAUCAAGGACGUGUGUGCCACGGGUGACCUGGACGCGGCGUGGCUCAUGAUUGAGGCGUGGAGGUCGCGCCAGGAGGCCGAGGACCGCCUGCGCGACCGCACAGACGGCAACGGCACAACAACCACGACCACGACGACCGCUGCGCCCUACACCACCACGUUGCCGUUGGAGCCCGAGCCACCGGUGAUCGAUCCUCGCCCGCCCGUGCAGCCGCCAGUCGACUCCUCACGUGGCGGCCUGUGCACAAGCGCGGGCGACCCGCACUUCACCACCUUCGAUGGCGCGCGCUUCGACUUCUACGGCGUGGGCGAGUUCUACCUGCUGCGCUCGCCGCUGGUGGAGGUGCAGGUGCGGCACGAGCCGCUCGGCAGCGCUUCGGGCAACACGGCCUUUGAGGCGCUGUUCCGCGAGUCUGGCCUGCGCGUGGGCAUGUACCCGAGCACGGGCCGCCUCAUCGUGCGCACGUACAACAGCCUCGCUGCGGAGCUGAGCAGCAGCAACCCCACCUUCCAGGCCUCGCUGGACGGCGUGAACGUGCGCUGCGAGUACAGCCGCUCGUGCACGCUCUACUCCGAGGCACUGGGCUUUGAGCUCACGGCACAGGGCUCGCGCUACCUCAACAUCCACGUUGCGGUGUCGCCGCUCUUCAACAACGCAACCGGCGGCCUGUGCGCCCUGUACAACGGCAUCGCUGCAGACGACAGCGCCACCGUCGACUACGACCGCGUGUCGCGCGCGUCCUCGCUGCUGUGGUACGACGCGCCCAACACGUGGGAGACGUACAACAAGCGCCCGGACGGCUACCAGCCCUCGGACGAGUGCCAGUCUGCGGAGCUUGAGGCGCAGGCAGUGACGGUGUGUGCCGCUGCCGGCGACAUGGCGCAGGAGUGCAUCAAGGACGUGUGUGCCACGGGUGACCUGGACGCGGCGUGGCUCAUGAUUGAGGCGUGGAGGUCGCGCCAGGAGGCCGAGGACCGCCUGCGCGACCGCACAGACGGCAACGGCACAACAACCACGACUGCAACUCCCUUUAUCGACUCUUCUGUUUCACCACCUCCUGCUCCACAUCAGUGCUAUGCACUUGCUGACCGUCUUGGUGAUUUUUCUUUUUGUCACGAACACGUUGAUCCUCGACCGUAUGUUGUUGCAUGUGAAGAGGCACUUGUUGUUGUUGACACCGAAGUGAGCUCCACGCUUACCUUUGUGUCUGGUUCUACAUCAACAGUUGCAACACCCAUACCGCCUUCAACAUGUGAGGUUGUGCAGGCUUACCGUGACCAGUGUGUGCGGAGCGGUGUGACGUCCAUCCCGGCCAUCGUCGAUGAGUGUGGGGUGUGCUUUGGUGACGGCAGCACGUGCUCGGGCUCUUUUAUGACGUGCUUCAUGCGCGACGUUGGCCUUGUUCGCACGUUCUCUGGCUACGAAAAUGCGUUUUCCGGCAUCUGCGACUACGUGGUUGCCAAGGACUGUUCGGCCAUGUCUGAGUUUGAGGUGCAAGCGCGCAAGACGGCGUGUGGCCUGAGCUCGUGCAACUCGGUCGUCGCGGUGCGCUUCGGCUUCAACCUCGUCGUGGAGAUUGCGGGCUCCUUUGUCACCAUCAACGGCCAGGAGACCUCCGCGCUGCCACUCACCACCGUGGAGGGUGUCGUUGUGCAGAAGGGCGCUGGUGUUUUCACUGUGCGCCUGCCCAACAGCGUCACAGUCACGUGGGCACCAGCGUCUGGCCAGCUUCAGGUGCGUGCGCCAGCUGUCACCUUUGCCAACCGCGUGUGUGGCCUGUGUGGACAGCCGCUGAGCGCCGACGCCACAAACAACGACGAUCCCGCGAGUGGCCUGAUCACGUCCAAUGGCGUUGUGGCCGCCAGCCUGUGGCAGCACGCCAAGAGCUGGCUCGUGGACACGGAGGCUGCGAGCCUGUUUGUCGACCCAGACCCGUUCUGCACCAUUGAUGACGUUCCCCCGGCCGAUCCAUGCUCCUUCAACGCCACCCUCGCCGACUGGGCCGACCGCGUGUGCUCCAAGACGUUGCGUGGUCGCGAGUAUUCCGCGUGCCAUGCAGUCGUCGACGUUGCGCC